AGGCGUCGGCGGAAGUGACGCACUUGUUGCUGCGGUGACGGGCUUGCCUUGGUGGUGGUCGGUCGGUCGGUUUCGUUCAUUUCGUUUCGCCUUUUAGCACAAUCAUUAUGUCCGGCGGCGGUGGAGAGUUUGGAAAUCCCUUGCGCAAGUUUAAGCUUGUCUUCCUGGGCGAACAGAGCGUUGGAAAGACAUCGCUGAUAACCAGAUUUAUGUAUGACAGUUUUGACAAUACUUACCAGGCAACAAUUGGAAUUGAUUUUCUGUCGAAAACAAUGUAUUUGGAAGAUCGGACGAUCAGACUCCAGCUGUGGGACACUGCAGGCCAGGAACGAUUCCGCAGCCUCAUUCCCAGCUACAUCCGUGACUCGGCUGCUGCUGUUGUAGUGUUUGAUAUUACAAAUUUGAACUCUUUCCAACAGACUUCAAAAUGGAUUGAUGAUGUACGGACAGAAAGGGGAAGCGAUGUCAUCAUUAUGUUAGUUGGGAAUAAAACUGAUCUGGCAGAUAAAAGGCAGGUUUCCAUGGAAGAAGGUGAGAGGAAAGCCAGGGAGCUGAACGUAAUGUACAUUGAAACCAGUGCUAAAGCAGGAUAUAAUGUCAAGCAGCUUUUCCGACGUGUAGCUGCUGCUCUCCCUGGUAUGGACAAUGCACCUGAAAAGAGCAAAGAAGACAUGAUUGAUAUCAAGCUAGAGAAACCACCUGAACCGCCAAUCAAUGAGGGUGGCUGCUCCUGCUAAUGCUGGCACAAUCAAACUGUUCCUUAUUGGCCAGCAUCACCAAUUGCAUUACAGUCAUUGACUAGCCACCUUGCUCCCUCUUGAUGGUGUGCUGGCUCGGUAAUGUGUGAGCGUGCUGCUGCCGAGGUGUCAAGCACACCAGGAGCUUCAUUCAGAAAAUUCAAUUUCAUUUCCUUCAGCUGCAUGGUUUAUUUAAGAUCUGAGAUCGAGUUUGAUUUUAUGUUAUGUAUUGCACUCACUGAGCGAUGCAGUCCUCUACAUUGUACAGAAAUGUGUGCACGAUGUAAAAUGUUUGUGUGAAUAUGCAAAGAUGUUGCUGUAUCAGAUUUUCAAAAAAGGAAAAAAUGUCUGUGAUGAAGUCCUGAUGUGAGUAUGAGCUGAGGUGCUGAUGUUGGUUUGACCAGAGAGAAUGCUUUUAUCAUGGGGGUAGGGUAUGGAAGCAACAGACGUGUUCCGCAAGACUCUUGGUGUCUGAUUUAGAAUGCUGCCUUGGGUGAUUUGUAAUUGAUUGGAGUAGCCUUGCUACAAUCCAGUGGCAGAACAGGCUUGAUUUUUCUAUCAUUAAGCGAAGUUGCAAUGCUGCAAUAAUUACUUGACCUCCUCUGAAUAUAUCUCGUGGCUUAUCAGCUUAUGCGCACAAGCAUAUGGAGUUCAAGUGCAGAAGAGGAAUGCAGUGAUGAGAUAACUGCUCAGCUAAAAUUUUCAAGUCUUUGGUGAAGUAAAGAUUUUCCUCUGAUUAGCCACUCAGUCUCCUUCCAGAGGAGGCAGUGAUUAUGGCUUUUGGUACCCUUAAAAUAACUGAAGAUCAUGCUUUAUAAAUUAAAUUUGUGACAUGGGAUGAGGUGGUUGAACAAUAGAGGCAUCUCUUACUGCUGUUUCCUUAAUCUACUUGGUCAAUAUCCUAAUAAGGAGCAUUCUUUUUCAAAUGGCCCCAAUAAGUUUCAUUUUCAAAAUUAGUGAUUUUGUAUUCUAAGCUAAAAUCCAUUUCCUAGACAGACUAAAUAAAAAUCACUAAAUAUUAAGAAAUGUUUGAGUUUUCUGUGAAGGGAUACUUGAAUUUUAUUUGUUGAUCAAAAUGUCCAAGUAACUAGAGUGCUUGAUUGCAAUUUUCUGUAUUGAGCCCACACUGCUGUUUGAGACUAAAGAGUCUUUCUGAAUAGCUUUGCUAUAGUUGAAAGGAUGUUUUGGUGCAAGAUCAGUAAUUAAAUAGAAUCAAUAUUACUUGAAUGAACAGCUUUGUACAUCAUUUUGUGAAUUAACAGUUUACUGGAAAACAUUCUCCAGAUGAGCCACAGUUUAUAGAGUUGUGUAUAGAUUCUGCACAGCUUCUGUACUUGUAAUACCAAAAGGCAGUAAUAUGUAACUAUUGUUUUGGAUUUAGGAGGGACUAAUAUUGGUUGUUUGAGAUCUGUCCAUUUAUAGCAAGUUCAAUUUGACAGCAAUGUAUUUAUGUGAAUGCCUGAAUUUGGAAUCCUUUUAAUGGGAUAAGUGAACUCUUAAAUGGACUUGCUAUGGACAAUACUUUGAUGUAUUUACAGUUUUAAACUAACCUUAAAUCACAACUAUUGGCUUACUUACCAUAUAAAAUUGUGUGUGGUAAACUCUUGAUGUGCCCACAGUCCUUCCACUAUAAAUAUUCCUCAUGUGAUGCUGUGCAUAAGGUCACUACAUGUUGAUAUGGUGAAUUAGAGCUAAUUUAGCAUUUUAUAUCAGACCUACCAGAGGUGCAGAUUACAGAUUCUGGCCAAUAUUCUUUCUUCACCUGAACUGCUGUUUAUUGCAGAAUUUUUAACCAAAUGGGAAGACAUUAAAAUGUGAUGGUUGGUUUUAACUCAUUGGCAGACUUGAAAUUAACCUAGUUUUGGUAAACAUUUUUAUACCUGUAACUAGAGCAUGUGAUUAGUAUUGUCCCCUUUCAUAAUAUUUAGCAACUGAUAAUUAAAGCAGAGAUUUUUGGUUCCAGAAAUCCUCAUUUCUGUUUAGAAAUUGACUGGAAUGGAAGAAAAUGUUAAUAAAUAACUGGAUGAAAGAAUGAAUCAUAAAUAGUUGGGAUGUAGGAUUCUGGAAGUAGUGAUGUGUUUUGCUCAAACAUUGUUACAGGAUCCUUCAAAACAAUCACAACAUCUCUAAAAUAUAGCAGUGAAUUACUGUGUCACUUGAAAUUUGCAUCUCUAAUCACACUUAAAAUGAGCGACCUGCCCUUAUUUGGAAGGAUAGGAACACAAGUUAGAGGAUUGAUUUUGUUACUCAGUGAAAUACUCCAUUUGAACUUUACCGUGUCUAGUCAGCUUCAUUUGAUAGUGAUGGUAUGCAAGAUUGAAGUUGCAACUAAUGUACAAAAUGCAGCUUUCCUAUUUGUCAUGACAAUGAUUGUUGGUCUUCUAAUGCAGCCUGUGGAGGCCAGUGAUGAAGGACAUUUUCUUGAAUAAUUUGAGAACAGCCUAUAACAAUGGAAAGUAUCUGCAGGCAAGUACCUGAGCAUCCUCCAUCAGUUGUGUAUUUUUUGAAUAUUUAGAACAGUUGUCUUUUUGUUGUAAAUACUUAACAAUUGUAAUGUUCUCAUGUCUGUGUAUGCAUUUGCCAGUUUAAAAUCUUUGGAAAGGCAGUAAGACACUAACCCACUCUUCUCUACUGAAGUUUAUGCCCUUAUCACUUAGAUUAGCUCAGCCUGUGUACCUGUGUCUGAAGUCUUUUGCAAAGGUAAAUGUCACGUCACCCAAACAGUUCACCGACACCAACUGUGUAAUUUAAAAAAACUAUUUAUGUCUUCAUAUUUCCUGUAAUAAAAGUGGUCUCAUUACAGCUAGUUAUUAGAUUAUUUGUAUUAAGGUACCACCUGUUGUAAAGUAACAUCCUUGUAUCACACAAUAAAAUGAGCCAUUUCACCA